AUGGACCUUAUCCAUACUGCCAUCUCGAGGCACUUCCAGUACGUUACCCUUUCUCACCGCUGGGGUGAAGGUGAGCCAUCAUUGCGCGGAAUCGAAGCCCAUUCAAUAUAUAAUAUGCCAGCGAAGGGCGGCUUUAGAAAGCUUCAAGCCUUCUGUCGUGUUGCUUUGGAGCGGGAUUACUUAUGGGUGUGGAGUGACACUUGCUGCAUCGACAAAGAUAGCAGUGCAGAGGUGCAAGAAACGAUUGGAUCAAUGUUUGCGUGGUGUCGGCAGUCUGCUCUGACCAUCGUUUACCUUUCUGACGUUCCCGAUACUGGUUCGUUUGGGAGCAGCGAAUGGUUCAGACGGGGUUGGACCCUCCAAGAACUACUGGCUCCCCGAGCCGUACUGUUCUACACCCAGAACUGGUCACUUUACAAGAACAUCUCGUCUUCGAACCAUAAAGCCGAUGUCGCUGUGCUGGAUGAGCUAGAAAGGGCAACUGGAAUAGAGUCCCGGUUCCUCACCAACUUUUUUCCAGGUUUGGAUGAUGCCCGUUCGAGACUCCAAUGGGCGUCUUCGCGGCGUACCACCCGGCCUGAGGAUAUUGCCUACUCACUUUUUGGGAUCUUUAAUCUUCACCUACCGGUUCUGUAUGGCGAAUCUACUGAGGACUCGCUUGGCCGUCUCCUAGCCGAAAUCAUAUCGCGGUCUGGGGAUAUCUCGGUUCUGGACUGGGUCGGAGAGGCGUCA